AUGGCACCUUCCGAAGAGUCCAUCCUGAGCAACUUCCUGCUUACCCCAGCCCCGCUGCCAACAAUAUUGUCCCUGCAGAAAUUCACAGAACUUUUCCCUAAACGUCUAAGGAAUCACCCGCAUAUCAGGGCUUUGUACCGGGAGUUACAGCAAACCCGGGAACAUGACAUGGAUCAGGUAAAUGAAAACAUCGACACUGAGAUCCAUCAGGGCGAUCGUCAAAGAGCAGAGCUCCACAAAGCUAGUCUCACAGCUGGCGUGGAAGCAGCCAAUGACGAUGAGCAACGGGAGGUUGACAUGGAUCUUCAUCUAUUUGGGCAAAGUGUGCCUAAUCCCCAGAAUUAUCAUUCGGUGGAGAGUCUUCUGGCUGAAAUGGAGAUUGCUUGCACCCAUAUUGAGCGAGAGAUUGCUGAUAUUGACCGUGAAGCUACUGGCCUAGUAGCAGAACUCAACACGGCUGUGGGAGAUAUGAGUGAUCUUCGAUAUGGAAAAUUUGCCGGUCCUGCAUCGGCGAGGGAUGUGGCAGAGCAAAGUAUUGAAGGUCUGCAGAAUCUGGAGGAUACUUGUUAUCAAAAGAGCUUGCCAGAAGCUUGA